AUGCAUUCUCGGCUUCUCCACUUCUCUCAGAGAGGACUUCGACUUCUCGAUUCUCCAGUUCGUCUCUCACUCUCUCAGGGGCGGAUCUACUUCUCGAGCUCUAGUCCAGUUCGUCUCCAGUUCUCCAGUUCGUCUCUCACUUCUCUUAGGGGCGGAUCUACUUCUCUUACUCAGUUACUCUCCCUCUUCAAUUUGGGCAAUGAAUUCAAUGACAAUCCAUGGCUUGAAUAUUCAAUUGCUCUUGAUAGGGCGUAUUGCUUCCCUUGUUUUCUAUUUGACACUAAAGAUUCUCACUAUCCAGCAUUCACCGUUGAUGGGUUUAAGGCUUGGAAGAGGGUUUCUGGUGGUGAUAAUGUGUUGACGAAGCAUGUAGGAGGCCUUAAUUCUCCCCAUCAUGCUGCAAUGCAAAAAUGGGAUUUAUUAAGAAAUCCUACCAAACAAAUUGAAACAGUUUUUCGGUCAAAAUCUAGUAAGGAUAUAGAGGACAAUCGAUUGAGGCUUAAGGCUUCAAUAGAAAGUGUAAGAAUGCUAGCUAAUCAAGGAGCUCCUUUUAGAGGCCAUGAUGAAACUGAAAACUCAUUGAAUGCGGGAUAUUUUAGAGAAGUCAUAAAAUCUUUUUCAAGAAUGAGUGUAGAGGUUGAGAGAGUUGUUUUGGGAAAUGCUCCCGGAAAUGCCAAGUACAUUAGUCCAUCAAUUCAAAAGCAGCUUCUAAAUAUUCUUGGUAAUAAAGUGAGGAACAAGAUACGUGAAGAAGUUGGAGAUUCCAAAUAUUGUAUUCUUGUUGAUGAAGCAGUAGAUACAUCUAGUAAGGAACAAAUGGCCAUUAUUUUGAGGUUUGUUGAUUGUCAAGGUUUUAUUCGAGAACGAUUUUUUAAGAUUGUGAGUGUUCCUAACACUACCUCACAAACUCUUAAAGAUGAGAUUUCUAAAGUACUUACUAUGUACAAUCUUCAAAUGAGAAAUAUGCGCGGUCAAGGAUAUGAUGGUGCUAGCAAUAUGAGAGGUAUUUAUAAUGGGUUACAAGCAUUGUUUCUUCAAGAGUGUCCUUAUGCUUAUUAUGUGCAUUGUUUUGCUCACCGCUUGCAAUUGACAUUGAAUGCUACAGCUAAAGGGGUGUAUGAGAUUUGGCAAUUUUUUCAACUUUAA